AUGAACUCGACUAUGAACCUCACCGUGCACCACCAUGGCACCCCGCAUAGCUUCCAGCUCUCCGCCUCGGCAACAUUACAAGAUCUCUCCGCAGAGAUAGAAAUUGUCCUGAACAUACCCACGGAGAACCAGAAGCUCCUUAUUGCCCCCAAGCCCGGCAUGCAAAAGGCGCCCUUCCCAACAACCCCUCUUACAACCCUUCUCCCCCUCGACUCACCCAAAUUCAAAAUCACUCUCCUCGGCACCCCAGCCAAAGCCAUCGCGGACCUGCAUGAACAAUCCGAAUCCAUACGCAAACGCCAGGAAGCACGCGCCUCCGCCCUCGCCGCAGCCCGGCGCACAAACCACAAAGCCACCACCACCAACCGCGGAGGUAUCCACACACUCUCAUCCUCAAGCUCAAACUACACCUUCCACCGCCUCCUCCCACUCUCCUACCUGCCCCGCCCAGAACGCUCCCUCGAAUUCCUCAAACGCCUCCGCGACGAUCCCGGUAUCCGCGCCGCAAUGGCCAAACACAAAUUCUCCGUCCCGCUAUUAACAGAAAUGAAUCCCGCCGAGCACACGACCAGUGAAUCGCGCACGCUAGGACUGAACAGGAACAAGGGCGAGGUUAUCGAGUUGCGGCUUCGCACGGACGCGUACGACGGGUACCGCGAUUACCGGACUAUUCGCAAGACGCUGUGUCAUGAGUUGGCGCAUUGCGUGUUCGGUCCGCAUGACCGGGACUUUUGGGAUUUGACGGCGCAGAUUGAGAAGGAGGUUGAGAGGGCGGAUUGGAAGUCUGGUGGGAAUCGGUUGACUGGGCAGGACUUUUAUGAUCCGGGGGAUUGGGAGAGGGUGCAGAGUGGGGAGGAGGUUAUUGAUGAACAGGGGUGGACCGGUGGGGAGUUUGUUUUGGGUGGAUUGGGGGUUGAUGAAGCUGGACGGAGUGCUGGAAGUGCAUCCGCAUCCGGGACGGCGACGGGGUCGUUGUCUAGGAGGGAGAUUUUGGCUAGAGCUGCGGAGGAGAGGAUGCGGAAGGAGAGUCCGAAGGAGAAGCAGGAUGAUGCUUGA